UUUAAUUUAGACAUUGGGAGCGGCAAGUUGUUUUGUAAUAUAUGUGUUGAAAGUUUACUAAAAUUAAUUUAUGAAAUGGCGAAGAAAAGUAAAGCGCAAAAGAAGCAAGCUAGUUCUGUUAUUGAACAAAAAGUAGUUCAAGAAAGAAGUAAAGGUUCUAACAAUGUCUGUUUACUAAUAACAUCUGUUAUAGUAGUUCUCGUUGGUCUGGCUUGUUUACAACUUUAUGUCAAAGUGAUCGCAGUGCCAGAUCUACCGGAGAUAGAUUUGAACGAAUCGUGGGGACCUAACACGACCAAAUCAAAAGAUACAUCUAUAAGACCAUUUAGAGUCGUAUACAUUGAUUCUAUGCAAGAAGGUCUUCGUAGAUUAUUCGACAGCUUCCGCAGGCGUCCCAAGUUGAAAAGUUUAACAGAAAACUCGAGCUAUGGCGUACACUCUGACGCAUUUGGACAAUUCUUCGCGCAAUGGCAGUUUAAAUAUCCUUUCAGAGAUCGUGUGAGAUACCUCAAUAAGUACGAUCACUUCAAAACGUAUGUUCAAGGAUUGGAUAUUCAUUUUGUACAUGUGAAGCCUAAAGUUGCUGGAAAUGUUAAGGUCUUACCGAUUUUACUUAUUCAUGGAUGGCCAAGUACUUUCAAGGACUUUUAUGAUGUGAUACCAAUUUUAACUACACCGAGACCAGGAUAUGAUUUCGUAUUUGAAGUCAUCGUUCCCAGUUUGCCUGGAUAUGUUUACUCGCAGGCUACACAAAAACGUGGAUUAGCACCAGCUCAAAUAGCUGUAAUCCUUAGAAACCUGAUGAAGAAGAUUGGUCAUGAGAAAUUCUUCAUUCAAGCUGGUGAUCUUGGUCAUGUUAUUGGAUCUCACAUGGCGACGCUAUUCCCUGAACAAGUGCUCGGCUUCCAUACGAAUACACCAAUUAAUCCUUCCAAAUUGGCCAAUUUGAUUUGGCUGCUUGGAUCAGUUUGGCCAACAUUGGUAGCUGGUGAUCUGGCAGAUAAAAUGUAUCCGAUGAGCGAGAAAUUGAGUUAUUAUUUGGAAGAAUCUGGUUAUAUGCACUUACAGGGUACCAAACCUGAUACCAUAGGUUACGUCCUCCAAGAUUCUCCUGUUGGUCUGGCAGCGUACAUGCUGGAUAGAUAUAUGGCGUUCUCAAACUCUUCGUUCAAGAAUACAGAAGAAGGUGGCUUAGACAAUAUAUCCUCUUUUGAUAUGCUGGACAAUGUGAUGCUGUACUGGAUUACCGGCUCGAUGACGUCAGCUAUGAGACUGUACAAAGAGAGCUUUGGAAGUGAGACGGAAUUGAUACUGGCCAGAAUUCCAACACGUGUACCUACUUGGGCUCUGAGAUUAAAAUACGAAUUGUUCUACCAACCGGAUUGGCUUAUCAAAUUUAAAUAUCCUUCCCUACUUGGUACUACCUCUUUGGACGAUGGAGGACAUUUUGCCGCUCUAGAAAAACCUAAAGAAUUAGCAGCUGAUGUGUUCAAGGCUGUGAAAAGUUUUCUAGAAUAUUAUAAAAAGAAAUAAAUCCAGUUCUAAUGACA